AUGGGAAAACUAAGUAAAGAUAGAAGAGACAUUUAUUAUCGUAAAGCAAAAGAAAGUGGGUAUAGGGCAAGAAGUUCAUUUAAAUUAAUACAAAUAAAUGAAAAGUUUGGGAUAUUAAAAUUAUUUAAACCAGAUAUAUAUAAUUGUAAUAAUGAAAAGGAUUUAAUAAAUAUAUAUAAUGAACAUUAUUGUUAUAAUAUUGUCGAUUUAUGUGCAGCUCCUGGUAGUUGGUCUCAAGUUUUAAAAAAUAUUUGCUUAUAUAAUUAUUAUCAAAUAUUAUAUAUGAUAAAUAAAUAUAAUAAUAAUGAAAAUAUAAAGAAUAUACAACAUGAAGAAUUUCUAAACAAGUUUUCUUUGUACAUUAAUUAUAACGAAGAAUUAGAAAAUAAAAUAAAGAAUUUAAAAAUAAAAUGUUCCAAUAUAAAAGAACCAAAUAUUGUUGCUGUAGAUUUACAGGAAAUAGGAAAUAUGAAUUAUGUUAAAAUUAUACAAGGAGAUAUAACGAAAAUGUCGACCAUAGACAAAAUCUUGAAAUGUAUGAACAAUAAAAUUAAUAGUGAUGAAGAAAAUGUAAAUGUUUUUUAUAAUAUGGAGCAGCAAAAAAAGGAAAAUAAUUUUUCAUAUGCUCAUACGGUUGUUAGUGAUGGAGCUCCAGAUAUUACAGGAAUGAAUGAUAUUGAUGAAUUCAUACAAUCACAAUUAAUUUUGUCUAGCUUAAAAGUUUGUUGUUCCGUUUUAAAAGUAGGUGGGAAUUUUAUUAGCAAAAUAUUUAGGGGAGAACAUACAGGAUUAUUAAUUUUACACCUAAAUAAAUUUUUUCAAAGGGUCUAUAUAUGUAAACCUCAAAGUAGUAGAAAUAAAAGUUUAGAAUCAUUCCUAGUUUGUCUCAAUUUCUCUUUACCCAGAUCUAAUAUUAUAUCAAUGAAUAAUCAUAAUGCAGAAAAUAAAAUUAAUGACAAAUAUUUAUCUGAAGAACAAAUGAGAAAAUUUCAUGCUCAGCUAAUAACUUAUAAGGAUAAAGAUGAUCAAGAGUCUGAAGAAAAAAAGGAAAACUACAAUUCUCAUGAUAAUAUUGAUUAUAAUUUAUGCCAUACAACAAAACACAAUAAAAAUAUAUCUGAUGAAAUAGAAACUAAAGAGGUGUCAUCACCAUAUGAACAUAAUAAUAUUGUAGAAAAUAAUGUUACUCCAAAUUCGGAUAUGUUAAAAAAUAUAAAUAAAAUUAUAAAUGAAUAUGAUAAUGACAAAAAUAACUUAGAUAUAUUUAAUUUUUAUUGUUCGGAUAGUGAUGAAGAAAUAAAAUAUUUUAACUCAGAAGAUGAAGAAGUUGUCAAUAAUUAUAUUUCAUCAGAAAGUUUUAUGAGCAAUAAAUUAUUUUCAUUUAUUGCAACAGAUAAUUAUUAUGAUUCGGAUAAAUCUUAUUUGUUACCAGAAAAUUAUGUGAGACACGAACCCCAACUCAUGCCAUUAAAACCUCCUUAUAUGUUAUCAUUGCAGAAAAAAAGACAAGAGGUAAAAAAAUAG